AUCUCCACAGCAUAACUUGCACCGCUAUUUCAACCGAAAUUACGUAUAUGCUUGUCUGACUGUGCAAUCACCAACAUUUUUUUUUCUCUUUCCUCUUCCUUGCCAUCUCUCGUCUAUUUGAUUCUCCACCUUUCUCUUCAUUUCUUUUGACUCGGGUUUUCAUACUUGGAGAAUAGUAUUACACCGUUGUGACGUUAUUUCGGUUAUCUUUGUACAUUUCUAUUUUGCUGGUAUUUUGCUCUGAGUUAAAAACAAUUUUGUAAAUAUCUAUGCCCCUUCAUUUAAAAAAUAAUGAUUAUGAGACAUUAAAGCAAUAUCGGUCAGAUAAUGUAAAAACGUCCCAAGUGAUGAUUAACGAAAAGAUUCUGUCAUCUGUAAGGACUUAACACGGCUGUCGGACCCUUUGUCCAAUGUCUUAUAGCCGACGGACUAUUGGCCAAACAGCUAUAUCGCCGAUAAACGCCAAGAGGUCACAUCGUUACGCUGAAUCUAAAUACACCAAAUGGAGCAUAGGUUUACAGUAGCCACUUUCAUUUCAUAGCUACUGUUGGGUCAAAAAUAUGAUUUACGAAAACAGCCAAAAUCUAAAGAAGCAAACUUGUAAUCCAAACAUCUAACUUUAAUACAAUAAAUAAACAUGAGGUCAUAGCAAGAUUGACACAUAUAAAAUGUUAGCAAUAGUCCUAAACAAGUCGAGGCCUUUUAAAGCCGUCGUACUCGCUCCUUUCAAACAUUUUGUUGUCCUGGGAAGGCCUUCGCAGUCCAAUUCAUUGCACUUGCCGGUGUUGAUUUCGAGGAUCGACGUCUCCCCCACUGACCAACACUUAUCCAUGUUUCCGAGAAUGAACUGCCUUCUUCUCCUUCUGGUUGCCGUCGGCCUCUCCUGUGUCAUGGUAGCGCACGCCUCGCCCACCAUAGGUUUGCUGGCCGGCUUCGGCUCCCUCAGACCAUCCCAAUACCAAUCCAAGCGGCGCUUUCACGGGCCUGGCUAUGGGCGAUACCACGGCCAUGGCUACAGGGCCCCUCGCAGAAAGCAUCGGCCGCGCCGUUUGACGAGGAGAGGCUGAUCCUAUCCACUGUGGCACACCUGGAUCCCGAAGGCUGCAUUCCCAAGACGCUCUUUCUCCUGGAGGCGAAGGACGAGACCCAGCUGCUACAGAUCUUCGCCAACAAAACUCGGGGCCUCACCUCCUACAGUGCCACCCUCGUCCUCGCCACACAAAUCGGCGCCAACACGAGGGACUCGGCCGCCUGCAAGAAGCUUUUCGCCAAAUGUUCGCUCGACGAGGAAGAGCUAACCGACGUCCUGCAUCUGGCGUGGGGCUGCGACUGCGACCAGAGGCAGGACUCACGUUUCCUCUACGGUGCACGGCGAAGCACGCACUUAGCUUAUUUUAAGCCGGAUAUACCAUAAUGUUGUCUGAAUAUUGCCUACUUUUAAAUAGCAAAUUGUACGAUUUUUUUACAUUCGUUCGUGGAAUAAAUUUGCUAUAGAA